AUGGGCCAAUCGCAGUCGCUAUCGCUGGUCGAGGCGUCGGAGCUGAUUCGCCAGCAACUCUCUGCUGACGUGUUCGUCUCCCAUUUGCUCGCCGUCGAGCCGCACUCGUGGCGUCGCCCGCCAUUACCGCACAGCGGACUAAUAGUGUGCGAGGUAGAGGUGGAUGAGCGCGGAGUGCCCGUGGCUUCCUCUAAGGCUAUGUCCCCCCAUCCUUCUCCCCUUCUCUCCUUUUCCCUCCCAUCCCUCUCCCCCAUCCCUCUCCCCCAUCCCUCUCCCCCAUCCCUCUCCCCCAUCCCUCUCCCCCAUCCCUCUCCCCCAUCCCUCUCCCCCAUCCCUCUCCCCCAUGCCUCUCCCCCAUCCCUCUCCCCCAUGCCUCUCCCCCAUGCCUCUCCCCCAUCCCUCUCCCCCAUCCCUCUCCUCCAUCCCUCUCCCCCAUGCCUCUCCCCCAUGCCUCUCCCCCUAACAGGGGGGACGCUGGGAUCUCUCCCUCUCUCUUCCUCCCUCCCCUCCCUACCAGCCUGCACCCAACCUGUGUCUUCUGUUUUUCCCCUGCCUUGUUCAUUCAUACCCUUGCAUCCACACAGCUUCUCCGCUCCAGGAGGAACGUUGAGAUCUCUCCCUCUCUCCUCCUCCCUCCCUUCCCUACCAACUUCCAACCAACCUCUGCCUUCCGAGCCUGCCACUGCCAAACCUGCCGCCUCCGAACCUACCACCUCCGAACCUGCUGCCCCCAAACCUACCACCUCCGAACCUGCCGCCUCCGAACCGGCUGCCUCCGAACCUCCCUCCUCCAAUGCCGACACCACCACGGACAGUGCAGGAGGCGGGGGGCUGGGGGAGGAGCAAAGAGGGGAGGAUUCUUCGUCUCCCCCCAUCAAUGUUGACUCAAACCCUCUCCUCUCCCUUCCCGAGUAUGUCUGCUCUCUUGGCUCGGACCCUUCUGUUCAAUUCGACCAUACAGCCCUCCCACCUGCCCUCCCACCUGCGACAUCUGGUAACCGGAAACAGCAGGGGCAGCAGCAGCAGCAGCAGCAGCAGCAGCAGCAGCAGGAGCACGAGCAGCAGCAGCAGCAGCAGCAGCAGUGGACGAGCCUUGCAGGAGCAGCCAAUCGGUGCUUUGCGGUGAGGGCCAAUAAGACUGCCCCACGUCUGCAGUACUGCCGCUGCCGCAGCCCCUGUAACGAGGGUGGGAGAUGCAACGGGGGAGGAGGAAGAAACGGAGUGAGUGGGAGCAGUAAUGCCAGAACUGCCGUACCUAGCAAGUUCCCAGACCAAUCUCCAAACCAGUUGCCGAACCAGAGCAGAAGGUCUGAAGCUUGCUGUGAUGUGGAGUGGGCUGUGGCUGUAGCUGCCAGGCUGGCACCCAAUCUGACGUGGACACAUGCGUCUGCCAGGUCACUAUCUGCUGUCGUGGCAUCUCUAUCUGUUCGAGAGGGGCUUGUAGCGGGUACCAGUGAUGUGACUAUAUCGAAUGGCAGCACACCUAUUGAAAGUGUGACUAUAUUGAAGACUGUAGAGCCUAUAGAGGGGGAAAAAGGGCCUCAGUUUAAUCACAGUGACUCUGACAGGGGGAGCUUUUCCUUUGGCACUAGUGGGGAGAGGGGAGAAGAGGGGAGGGAAGGAGAAGAGGGGAUGGAAGGAGUGAGGGGCGCAGAAGCAAGACGAGACAAACUCGCGGAUCAACUACCUGGGAAUGCACCUGAAAGCUCACCUGAAAAAUCACCUGAGACUGAAGAGACUGGAGUGGAGGGAGGGGAGGUGAGGAUGGGGGGAGAGGUGGGUGGAGGUGGUGAGAUGGAGAAGAAUGGGAGGACAGAGGGAGACAAUAAGGGGGCGGUCAGUGCGGGAGAGAAAGUGAGUGAGGGAGAGAAGGUGGGUGAGGGAGAGAAGGUGGGUGAGGAAGAGAAAGUGAGUGAGGGAGAGAAAGCGAGCCAGGGAGAGAAAGCGGGUGAGGGAGAGAAAGUGAGUGAGGGAGAGCAAGUGAGUGAGGGAGAGAAGGGAGAGAAGCCACAGAAGAGCUCGUCUUCGAAGCCUCCUGUUGCUCCCACUCCCUCCACACGAACAGCCACAGCCACAGCCACAGCAGCAGCAGCAGCAGCAGGAGCGGCAGGAGGGGCAGCAGCAGCAGCAGAAGGUGCCAGUGACCUGGCUCACAAAACCCCCUCCCUUCGAAUCUGGGUGCCUGAAGAGGAGCAGCAGCAGGAGACGCAGCAGCAAGAGCAGCAGAACUCGCACCAGCAGCGGCCACAUUCGGAGCCGCAGCAGGACCAGCCGCAUGAGGAAAAGUCUGAUCUGCUACCCUUCCUUUCACCCUCCUCCUCCUCCCUUCCAACCUCCUUCUCAGAAUCCGCCUCCUCCUCCUCCACCCUCCCCCAACUCACUUUGGACAACAUCUUUUGUCCUGUAGCGGCACUAGUAUCCACUGCCGCCCAAUCUCCUGACCAAUCAGGGACCACGAUCUUCUUCCUCUACCCCUCCGUCCCCUUCACUCUGGCCGGCGUGCUUCGGCACAGCCCCGAGGCGCUACGAGACGAGUUUGCCGCCCGGCUGGUCGCGUUUGGAUUCUUGCAGGGGGUGGCGGCAGCACAUGCGCUUGGAAUCUCCUGUGGGGCAGCAGUGCCGCCCAAUAUCACGCUCUCGGCGAAUCUGUGGCCGCGGUUGAUGCUGGGAGGGGAUUUUUGGGGUGGUUUAGAGGGGGAGGGAGGGGGAGUAGGGGAGGGAAAAGGAGGGGUUGGUGAUGGUAAUAAGAAGAGAGGGGUUGGAAGACAGGAGAGAGGAGAAGAAGGGAGAGGAGGAGGGAAAGGAGGAGAAGAAAGGAAAGGAGAGCAGACGGGGCAAGCCGAGGAGGUGAUUUUGACAGGAGAGGUAGUCACGGCGAAAGGCGGGGACACAGAAGACGAGGAGGAUGCAACAUCAAGGAAGCUUCCUCCUCCGCAGCGCGCACUUGCCGCGAAGCUUCCUUUCAGCGAUCUCCUGGGCAGGUGGAUGGCAUGGGAGAUCAGCAACCUGGAUUAUCUCCUGGAGCUCAACAGAAUAGCAGGGAGGAGGAGCGGAGACAGGGAUUUCCACGCUGUCAUUCCGUGGGUGAUUGAUUUCACUGUCUCUCCUUUUGAUGUCACCAGGGGGGGUUUGUUUCAUCGUUCUGCCUCUGCCUCUGCCUCUGACGUCUCAGUGGUUGCUGUGGCUUCUGUUGUUCCCUCUGUGGCUUCUGUUGCUCCCUCUGGGGCUCUCAAGGUUUACACUGGUGGUUUGCCAUCCACAGACCCGUCUGUCAGUGAUCCUAUGUCUGCUGCUGAUAGAGCAAGCGAAGUUUUUCCUCCGCUUCCUCCUGCUGCUGCUCCUCCUCCUGCUGCUGCUGCUGCUGCUGCUGCUGCUGCUGCUGCUGCUGCUACUAGUGCUGCUGAAUCCCCGUUCUCCUCCUCCUCCUCAGGCGCCCUCAGGGGUUGGCGGAACCUUCGCUUAACUAAGUGGCGGGCGGUAAAAGGCGACGAGCAGCUCGAUUUCACCUACUCCUCCUCCGAAGUCCCACACCACGUGGCAGAGGAGUGUGUGUCUGACGUGGCAGUUUGCAUGUAUUCCGCGAGAAAACUCCCUCUGUGGAUAUUAAGGAGGGUUGUGAGGACUGUUUUUGAGCCUAAGGAGUAUCCUAGUACUAUGGGGAGGAUGUACAGGUGGACUCCUGAUGAGACCCUGCCCGAGUUUUUUUUCGAUCCUGCCCUCUUUCGGUCGUACCAUGAGGGGCUGCCCGACCUGGUGCCUCCUGAUUGGAUGGAUGAGUUUGCGGGCAGUGUGGGGGGAGCAGAGGUGGAUGGAGAGAGAGGAGGGGAGAGAGGAGGGGAGAGAGGAGGGGAGAGAGGAGGGGAGAGAGGAGGGGAGAGAGGAGGGGAGAGAGGAGGAAAGGGAGAAGGAGGAGUCAAAUUUGAAAGAGAUCUUUCUGGAUCUUCAGAAGCUGCAGUCAUGAUGGACGGCGACGAUCUGAUCUUGCAAAUCAAGUCCGAUCGUGUCCACCGCUUCCUCACCCUCCACCGGGCGGCGCUGGAGGGCGAUUUUGUCUCUUCUGAGCUGCACCACUGGAUCGACCUCACGUUUGGCUACUGCCUCGCUGGCGACGCGGCAUUGGCUGCCAAGAACGUGGUCCCGCCGCCAACCAAUGAGGAGGCGCCACGUGGGCAUGGGAGGUGCCAGCUGUUCGUGCAUCCUCACCCCCAGAGGGGCCCUAGACCAGCAGGGUUGAGUGGAGGGAGAGGAGGGGGUUGGGGAGGGGGCGAGAGGGGGGGAACAAGAGGAGGAGGAAUGGGGUUGGGAGGACGCGGAAAGGGGGAGGGAAGGGAAGGUGGGAGUAACACUGCUUUGGACCAGCGAAAUCCUGCUGGUUCCCCCGCUGCUGCUGCUGCUGCUGCUGCUGCUGCUGCUGCUGCUGCUGCUGCUGCUGCUGCUGCUGCUGCCUCCCCAUCCAGCCUCCCUUCUCCCUCUUUCUCCUCCCCUCUACCAUCUCCACUUCCCACACCACCCACCCCUCCUCCCUUAACCUCCCCUCGCUCCCCCUCUCCCUCCCCUUCCCCUUCCCCCUCCCCCUCCCCCUCCCCCUCAUCCCGCCCCCCCCUCUCAAUGUCACGCACACUCCAGCAAGUGGAGGAAUUUUCUCGAUUCCUCGAAUCCACGCGCCACCUGUCGCCCGUCUAUUGGCCGCCGCCAGAGAUCCUUGUCCCGCCUCCUGUCUCCCCCAGGGGUUACCGGAGGGGGGGGAUGGGGUCUGCUGGUUCAGCUGCUGCUGCUGGUACGAUGGUUACAGCAAACAGACAUCAUAUGAUGCAGGAGGAGGAAGAAACAGACAAGCAAGGCCCAUCCUCAUCCUCGACCUCUUGCUCCUCCUCCUGCUCUUGUUGGGCGGAAGAUAUUUUCGUGGCCGGCUGCGUGAUCGCAGAGAUUUUCCUCCGCCGCCCGCUUUUCGACCCGGACUCGGCACACGUCUUCGCCACGGUCGGCAGUCUGCCGCCCGCUUUCUACAACCUGCCAAGCUCCGUGCAACCGGUGAUCCGAGGCCUAGUAGACCGCAACCCCUCCCGCCGCCCGACCGCCGCUACAGUCCUCGCUUCGUCCUUUUUCAGCCCUGCCGUCCGGUCGGCCCACUCGUUCCUCUCCUCGCUGCACUCCCUCCCGUUCCCGAGCCAGCGGCUCGCGUUUGCGGCCUCCCGAGCCAAGCAAGGAGGCUUGGGAACGAAGCUACGGACGCACGCGAUUGGCCGAAGCAGCAGCAGCGGCCGCAACAGCCGGGAGAGAAUGGAGGGACUGAGAGACCAGGAGGGGGGAGACGGGAGGGUGAUUCGAGAGGAGGAAGUUGCACUUUGGAUUGGGGCCACUGCGGCAUGCACCACUGCAGCAGCACGCACCAUACAACGCGCCUCCCACAUUCAAGACCUCUUGAUUGAUAUCGCUUCCAAGCUGGGAGAACAGGCCUCAAAACGACACUUGGUGCCCAGGCUACAAGCAGCACUAGCUCACUUGAAGAUGAGUGAGGAGCAGCGGCAGGUGGGCGGGGGAAUGGGAGCAAGAGGAGGAGAUGCCAUUUCGUCUGAAGCGCUGCUUUCCUCCCUUGCAUUUCCCUUCCUCCCCUCUCUUUCCAGCUUCCAAGUUGGGAGAGAGAGCAUCAAAGCGCCACCUGCUUCCAAGUUGGGGGAGAGAGCAUCAAAGCGCCACCUGGUGCCCAGGCUACAAGCAGCACUAGCUCACUUGAAGAUGAGUGAGGAGCAGCGGCAGCAGCAGCAGGGGCAGCAGGGGGCAGCGGGGAGGAGGAGGCGGUUGUUAGAUGUGGGAGGGGACGAGCAGAGGAGGGAGCUGCUGGCUGGUAUUCUCACGGAUGUAUACGAUCUAUUUGCUAUGGACGAGGGCAACGAGUCAGGGCAUUCCCUUGACUCGACUAAUUCUGAAACAGACUUUGGAAUUGCCGCCACUGAGCCUUCUUCUGCUUCACCUGCAGCAGAGGCACCAUUAUCACCAACAGCAGCAGCAGCGGCAGCAGUGGCAACAGCGGCUGCAGCGGCAGCAGCAAAGCGAUUUGCAAUCCACACGGUGACCUCUCCAGUCAAUUCUCCUCCUCCUGCCGCUCCCACCGAUUCAGAAGCUGCCGCAGCCGCAGCAGCAGCAGCAGCAGCAGCAGCGGCGAAGCGAUUCGCCAUUCACACUGUCACCUCUCCUGUCGAUUCUCCUCCUCCUCCUCCCCCUCACACUGAUCCAGAAGCUGCUAAGAAACCUCCCAAUUACCCUACCACUGCAACAGCCGCUACAGCCGCUGCAGAUGCUACCAGUUCUUCUGCUACAGACGCUGAAGCUGCUGCUGCUACAGCAGCCCCUGCUGCUUCGUCCGAAUCCCCCAAACUCGCCUCUAAAGCUGGGAACUUAUCAAAGCGUCUUGGUAUGGUAGCCGCGGCUCUCACCCCUUCUUCUCUGCUUUUAGACGGAUUCGGUUGGUCCCUCCCUAUGCCAACACUUAACAAGUCACCCUCUCACUCCCGCACAGUCAGUGCCAGCUCAUCAGCGGAAGAUUCCAGGAUGCUUCCUCCUGCCAGCGCCUCUGCUGCUGGUGGUCUCGCCACCACCGCCGCUGCAACCAGCAGCCAAUCCUGGCUCGCCACGUCAGCCGACUCUUUGCUCGAGACUCACCCGGGCAGCCCAGAGGAAAAUUCCUCCCUGCCCGAACCACCCGAGCCGUGGUUCUGGCUGCCCGAAAAACGUUUGGAUGCCCCUCCGAAUGAGGAGGGGUGGGACGUGGGGAGGAGGCUGGGGGGAGGAGGGGGAGGGGCAGGGGGAAGUUCACCGCCUUCCUCUCUAGCAGCUCACCUCCAGCAGCAGCAGCAGCAGCAGCGGGAGCAGCAGCAGCUGUACUCACACCACUCCUCCUCCACCCCCACUCUCUCUGCUGCUGCUGCCGCCGCCGCCGCCGCAGCAGGAGCGGCUGGAAACCCCCUCGCGUAUUUCUCCUCUUCGCCUCGCCUCGCCAUGCCUAUAGGCCAGCUUCCGGACCAGACCUCCUCUCUGGAUCCCGCUGCUACAUCCUCGAUAUUCUCCUCUUUCGCCGCUGCUACAGCCGGAGUAGCAAGUGGGAUCCCUGCCUCCCCUCGCAUGUCCUCCUCUCUCUUCUCCUACCAUCCCUUCUCCUCUCUCUCCUCCCUCUCCACCACUCCAAGAUCCCACCCCUCGCCACACUCCCUCUCCUCGUCCGCUCUCCCGGACCUCGCCGGCCUAGGCUCGGGAGACAGCUCGGCGGGAGGCUCGGUUGGAACGCCGAGGCAUGGGAGGGGGCGCAGCGUUAGCAGCCCCAUGACCGUGUGCCGAUACACCUCGCUGCUCUUCCUGGGGCCAGCAGGGGGGAACCGGCUCGUGGCCGGCACUUCGACAGGAUGCAUCCGCCUCGUGGACAUGUGUGCGGGGCGUCUGCUCUCCCUCUGGCAGUGCGGUCUAUCAGAGCCAUUCUGCAUGCCAGUCACUGCCCUCGCCUCUGCUGCCACCACCACCUCCUCCUCCUCCUCCCACCAACCCCACCGCCGCCCCUCCUCCUCCUCCUCCUCCCCCUCCUCUUCCUCCUCCGCCCACACUCGCUCUCCUGUUUCCACCAAAUGUGUUUCUGUGGGUUUCCACUCGGGACACCUGGCGUUCCUUGAUUGGACGACGGGGAUGGUGGUGGCACGGGUCAAAGCACACUCGGGGAGGGUCACAGGGCUCGUGCCAUGUGGCGAGUAUCAGCUGCUUUCCUCAUCCACAGACUCGACCAUAGCCCUGUGGGAUAUCAGAAGCCUUUCGCAUCCGCCCAACCCCCUUCCUCUUUCUCCACCCUCCCCCUCCCUUACCCUCCUCGGCCAAUCCAGAGCUGCUGACGUGGCAGCAGUGGAGAGGGUGGUGGCUCACACGCAAGGCAUCACAGCAAUGGUUGCUCUCACACCCACCAUGCUCACGCCCUCAUCUGGAGCAGGCGGAGGGCUGGGCGGCGUUGGCGCGGAUUUAAUGCCGCCCAGCAUGACGCUGGGCCGGGUGGUGAUGACGGCAGCGGGGAGUCAUAUUGGCGUGACGAAUGUCUCGGGAUUGUCGCAGGUAGCAAAUGCUCGCACCCGUGUCAAGUUCUCGAGCCAUGAGCUUGUCGUUCGCUGGCCGCCUCCCCAUUCGGUAAGCUUUGUAUUUUUUUCAUCCUCGUGA